AUGGCGAUGACGAGUAGUGCUAAGCAUCAGACCAGCCUUGACGAAAUUUGGGGCGAUCUGAAAAAUGGUCUGGAGCUGCUAUACGCUGGAGAAGGAAUGAAAAAAUCUCUUUACAUGAAACUUUAUACGCAUGUAUACAACUACUGUACAUCUGUCCAGAUUUCGGCAGCUUGCGGUCCCAAGCAUGCGGCGCCGCCGACCUUGGAUUCAGGCCAUCAGCAAGGGGCUACGCUUGGCGCUGAAUUCGUCGGCACGGAA